AUGAGCGACAUCAUCACAUUGUGCGAUGACAACAAUCAUGGGUCGCCUUUACGUGCUUCUCAAAUUGGCUCAGAAGAAAGUCAAAUCAUAUAUAGAUUGAGUGGAAUAUCAACAUGGGUGGACUUACACUUGGCCAUGUGUAUUUACAGCGCUUCCGAGCUAAAAAAAGAAGAAGAAGAGAUCACUUGUGAUGAGACUAAAAGUUUGACAGCGAGAUGCUAUCAAGAGGAUAUCGUUGGAUGCGUGGACGCAAAGCGCAUCAACGACUCUGAUCAAUUUGGCACUGACGCUGAUUCAGUCGCUAAGUUUACGAGCAUUGCUUCCAACGAGAGCACAAUUGAUUCAUCUCUGAAUACAAGCGUGAAUGUCGGAAACGUCAACGAAGAGAGAGGAGGGAUAAGUGGGAUACAUAUCACCACGAAACCAAACCGAAAUAAUGUCCCCAUGUUCAAAUCUGGGGAUCAAGUCAUAGAGUCGAAUAUCGUCAAGUAUCUUGAUCAGAUGGAUGCUACUCGACUUAUCCGGACAAAUGUGAAUGACAGAUUCAAUGUGGAUGAAAAGGCUCUUCAGACUUUGAACGAACAAUUGUCAAGUACAGAACUAUUUGCUAUAUUCAUGAAAUGGCAACAAGAUAAUACGAAGAGAGGUUUUGCAGAUCGAAUGAUUGCUGCCAUGCUUCGUAGGCCCGCUUCCAUCCGACAGUCUGACCCAAGCCCAUGGCCACGUUUAGGUUCCACGCUUCACGACAGACACAAGGAAUUAGGAUUUAAACCAGCAAACAUCGAUGGCGACCUGCUUAGUGCAGUGGUUCAGUUUUCGAGGACGGAGUGGCAUAGAAGAAGCAUAGAGCAUGGCCAUUAUCUCGAAAAAAUGGAGUUCCUGUAUAGCACUUAUAUACCACUGUCAACUUUGGAUACGGAGACCCUAAAAAUGGUAUUUGGAACAGGUGGUUCUUUUGAAAACGCGAUGAUGGAUAUUGUGAAUCGGGAGAACAAGCUGAAGGAUCUUCUCGAAGAAGACAUUUCCAUCAACUUCGCUUUCGAAGAUGAUUUAAAGGCAACGAAUAGCCCAGAUAAUUUCUUUCAGUGGCUUCGAUACUGCCAGCUCUACGCAAGUAGGUUGAGGAAUAGCGCUGCGUCUAGUAGCACUUCGAAGGUCAGCAACGGGGCAUUUUAUUUCAACAUAUUGGAUUUGCUUACAAAUGAUGGCAAUUCGAUCGAAAAUUUGCACAAAUAUUUCUCGAAGCUUCGCAAAGUGUCAGUUUUAAAGGAAUUUUCGAAUACAAUGUUGGAUUCUCUGAAAAACGAAAAUUGGUUGCGCUUGAAGGCGAAAAAAUCGCUGAAAGAUGUGUAUGAAGAGUUGAUUGACCCAAAUCUCGAUCCUGUCAUUCAGAAAGCGAAGUAUGCCGAGUUUUUCCGAUUCGUCUUCAUGUAUGGUAAAGAUAACUAUGCGACCAUGCUUCAGGAGUUUCGCGACUUCAUGGAUAUUUCCACACUUGGAAUUGACAAAUUCAGAUUCACUGUAAUGUUGAAAUCAUUAUCCGAAGAAAAGGAACUCGAGCCGAUCACUUCCUUUUUGCUAAAUGUUUCGAAGUUUGGAGAUGGGAAGAAAAAACCUCCCGUCCAAGGGAUUGGCGAGUGA